UGAAAUGUCAAUGUCAAAACGGGUCGCCUUGACGUCCGCAGCGGCGUCGUAAUUUGUAGGCAAAUGUCAAUGUUUAUUCCAAACAUGAGAUAUUUAUUGUAACAAAGAUAAUUUUAUAUGUCGUGUGAACUAAUAGCGAAAUGUCGACAAAGUUUUAUGUGUAUGGUGGUGGGCGGUGGCGCGAACUAGAUCUGAAUACAGGACGUGUGAGCGGGUGGGCAAAGAGCGCGCGAAUUGUGGUAGCACGGAACGGUCGCUUGGAAUGCUCCCGUAACGCGCCUAUACUACGCGCUUUGCGUGCUCUAGCUGCCGGUGAACCAAGCCGCGCACGCGAUGGUCCGCGUCUACCGCAUACAAGGUGGACGGAGGAGGAACACCCAACCCAAAAACAAUUACACAACAGUCCUUGCCGACACUGCUGCCAUCAUAGAUACACUGCAGUGGUCGAAAAUGUAUGUCAACAUUUGCCAUCUGAACAACCUGUGCGAUCUCCGCUCGUACCGCCCUUGUUACAUCAGCCAGCGCUAUCCUCAACACGUAGAGUCGUGGGUGAUGAAAUCUUAGACAAGCUUAGAAAUGAGUGUGUUAAUCAACCAGAACAAAGUUCAAUUUCCGCACAGGUACGCUCGCCGCAAAAGCGUGCUACACGAGCUUCUUCCGCGUCCAAAGACGUACGGCAUUCUGCAGCGCACCGGAUUAAACGGCAGCGUGUUUCUAGUAGCAGCUCAGUGGAGUGCCUGUCGAACGAUAUCAAUAAUAAGAACGAUCGCCAAGGAAAUGGAAAACGUGUACAGCUAGAAAAACAGAAAAAGAAGCUAGAGCGUAGGGGUAGGCCGCCAAAACAGUCGCCGGCCAACAUACUUGGCGUUGUUGCCACCGCUAUUCCUAUACCGAAUCCUAAUUCUGUGCAACCUCUCUGCAUUACCUCUGGUAAAUGGAAUUCUCCUUCUACGCCGAAUAAGGCAAAUGUACAACCCAAUGGAGACAUCAGUCAUACUGAACAGUCGCCAGAAUCUAACCACAUCGCAGCACCGAGUAGUGUACUGAGUUCAGCCAAUGAAGACUCACAAGCUUCCUCUGACAAAUCAGAUAGCAAUGAAGCUUCCGAUGAAAGUGGGAGCAAAAGUGAUGAUGAAGAAAGUCCACAGAUUGCAGAGACGAGUGCUCUAUUGGCACACAAAUUGCAUAGUAGCGGACACGCUGCGUCUGUAGGUCAAAGCCAUCAGAAUGAAACUCCAGCUACUACGAAAGUAUGCAAAGAACUAGUAAUAGAGGAGAAAGACGUAAUUGCACUGCGUGGGUUCUUGCGGAGAAGUGCGCCGGGUGUGUCGCUUAACCGAUUUGACAAUGAUGAUGAGUACAAGCGGAGUAUUUUUUAUCGUCUUCAUCCGCUCGUAAGCGUUGAGCGGAGCGCGCGUAUACAAGAGAUGUUGAGUGAACAAGACGAUAUUAGCUUACGUGACUUCGCAUCGCAGCUGGGCUUGCGUUCCAUAUCCGACGAUCCGCUACCCCGCCGUGAAACUCCUAACGGUACCAUCACCAAAACAAGCCGAGCGAGAAAACAACCCGAUAGAUAUUCGGAGAUAUUACCGCAGCCCUCCAAAUCCCCCGUCAAAAAGUUGUUUACGUCUACAAAAUCACCGACCCGCAAAAAGAGUUUAUCGAAAUCAUCAACGUCCUCAAAAAGAAGAUCCCACAAGAAAGCCAAAUUGAAGCCAUCUCCAUCAGUAAAAUUAACAUCCCACGAAAACGACGGCUCAAAAUUAUUACCUUCCGAAAAAACGUCUCGUAAAAAUAUCGACUUGCUGUCGCAGUCACAGUCUCCUAUUAAAAGAGUUACUCGCGAAAAUGAUAUGUCUAACUCAUCUACGCCUAAAAAAAUAAGUCAACCUGCUUUGGCGAAGGUAGUUGGGUCUUCGAAAAAAACCUCUCACAGGAACAUAUCGAAAUCAACUGUCCUCGUAGAAACCACUAACCACGAGGUUGCUUUGAAUUCACCUGCACCAAAACAAAUAACGGCACACGAAAAUGGUGUGUCGUCUAAAACAGCGAUAACUUUGAGUAGUGGCGACAGGGCACCAAAACCAAGAGAGCCUCCACCACAGAUUGCUUUGCCACUACGUGACCAGCCACGCCGUAAGCUUGAGACAAUCAAGCCAGCACAUUCAAGAGGCGGUAAGGAGUACACUCCUUCGGAAGACACGGCCAUCGUGACUUGGGUGAGCAGCGAGGGGCGCGCGCGACUCGUCAACGGCAACCGCAUGUGGCGCGAGCUGCAGGGACAGUACGAGCAGCUCACUGGGACAUGGCGCACGUGGCAGUCGCUGCGCAACCGUUAUCUGCGUUACAUCCUGCCCUCGUUGUCGUCUCUGGCGGUGCCGCCUGCGCGCGCCGCUCGACUGCGCGCCGCCGCCGCCACUGGUGAGAUAAAGUCUAAGCGGCAACCUGCUCGUCGUAACUCUAUAUUCGGGACGCCGGGCGUGAGUGGCGCGUGGAGCCGCCGGCCGCGGUCGAGCUCCGCGCAGCACUCCCCCUCCCCGCCGCCGCCCUCGCCCCCGGCAGAUCACGACAAACGGACAACGCAACCGUCAGCACACGACAAAGAUGACAGCGGACCAUUGAGCGAUAAGAAAGUACAACGGAAGCUGUCGACGUCGUCGUCAUCAUCAUCGUCUGCGUCUUCGUCCUCCUCGUCAGUUCGCUACCCGAAGCUGCGCUACUCGGACGUGACGCGGCGAUUCGCGAGGCGACAGCAAAGGCGCUACUCCGCCAAGUCGUCAGAGUCUAGCGCGCGUUCACCGCCCCCUGCACGGAGUUCUACCCACACACGACGAUUAUACAAUCCUAAAGCCGCUUUAUAAACGACGUUAAGAGAUUCGCAAUGAAUAUAUAAUACAUCUAUGUCGGCAAGAGUCUGAUUGACGUAAUAAAAUUAAUAAUUAUGAUUUUUUCUAAGGAAUUUUGCUAAUGUGCAAGUGACAAAUUAGGAUACACCGGGCAACAGUGUACAACUAGCGACACUAGAUAAAGGUAGCAUUAACUGCACUAGAUGAAGUUAUCAUUUACCAAAUGGGUUUGUUUGAAUGCAAUAAGAUUUUGUCUUUGUUAUUAAGUAAGAAAACUUCAGACAUAAGGAAGCAGCGAGCGAUCUCUGCAAUAGAAUAUUUUUACACUAGUAUGCCUGAAGCGUCCCAGAGACACUGACUGUUAUUAAGAAAAAAGAUAUAUUUAAUAAAAAAAAUGUGGCUAUCAAA